UGUGGGAGAGGAUGCGAUGGUUACUUUGUUGUAACUAGUUUUUAGAAGCAAUCGGGACGGGUCUGGGAAGUAUGAAGGAGAUGGUGGGAGGCUGCUGCGUGUGUUCUGACGAGAGAGGAUGGACUGAGAAUCCUUUGGUUUAUUGUGACGGACACGGCUGCAAUGUGGCUGUGCAUCAAGCGUGUUAUGGGAUUGUUCAGGUCCCCACUGGCCCAUGGUUCUGUAGAAAAUGUGAAUCACAAGAGCGUGCUGCCAGAGUGCGAUGUGAGCUCUGCCCCCACAAAGACGGUGCCCUCAAGAGGACAGAUAAUGGAGGCUGGGCCCACGUUGUCUGUGCUCUGUACGUCCCUGAAGUACAAUUUGCCAAUGUUAUCAGCAUGGAACCCAUCGUCCUGCAGUAUGUGCCCCACGAACGCUUCAACAAGACAUGUUACCUGUGUGAGGAACAAGGCCGGGAGAGCAAGGCAGCCACUGGAGCUUGUAUGACCUGCAAUCGGCACGGGUGUCGACAAGCCUUUCACGUCACCUGUGCUCAGAUGGCAGGACUCCUGUGUGAGGAACAAGGCUCGGAGAUAGACAACGUCAAGUACUGCGGCUACUGCAAGUACCAUUUCAACAAAGUGAAGAAAUCUCGUCACUCCGCAAACAGUGCUUAUGAUCAAGGGCUCAGCGACUCAUCCACCCAUUCCCAGGAUAAACUAAGCUCCCUUCACGACAAACAGCGAAAGAGUCGGAAAGACAGGGAGAGGCCAAAGCAGAGACUGAAAAAGCCAACUGAGUCACUGAGCGUUGUCGUGAACACUGUUCCCGCGGCGACAGAGAAGGGAGCCUGCACCCCACACGUGAGCGGGAAGGAGCCUGCUGCCGAGGUUAACAGGUCAGAGAGCAAAGUCAAGAAGGCCUCAGGUCAUGGGUCCAGCCAGCGGGGACGGAAGCCAGGCGGAGGGAAGAGCUCUUCCAGCGUUCCUGCUGCAUCGUCCACCAGCACGUUUCAGCAAGGUAGCCUCCUGAACACGCCCAGUGCCCCCACUUGUCAGGAGUUGGUGCGGAUUCCUAAACCAGACGUUCGAGGGGAGACUUACCUGCAGUCUCUGUGCCUGUCUCAGAGCUCGCCACCCUAUGAGACGAUAAAAGGAGGAGAUCUCUUCAGCACCGACAGCAACCUCUCGGGAUUUAACCCUUUGAUGCGCUAUUCGUCCGGCACCGGGGGUCCGGCGAAGGCCUUGGAGAGCACGCGGGGGGAGCUUAGGACGUGCAGUGGCGGAAUGGGUGGCCCGUCCGCCGGGGGGGGCGGCUACAAGAGGCCGCAGACAGUGGGAGCCGAGGGCGAGGAGACGGUGAAGGAGAAGAAGCACAAAGCCAACAAGAAGAGCAAGGCCGGCCGGGGACGGCCCAAAGGGAGCAAGAACAGCGAGCCCCCGCCUGCCCUGGCCCCACCCUUGCUGGCCAUGCCUGAGGUGGUUACUGCCAUCGGCAACCCUACCCUCCCCAAACUGACCCCCUCGACCUGUGCCAUGCCGGGCAUGAACAUCGAGUCGUCGCUCCUGAGCACAGCCAAAGAUUUACACAGACUGCACGAUGUGUUUGCUAGCAGCGAGCCCCCUCUCUCUCUGGGGGCUGGGAUGUUGGGGGCCGUUUGUAGCACGCCGCACUCCUCUAGCAUGCUCAGUCAUCAGCGUGGAGGCCACCUCAUGCACUUCACCAGACCCUCACUGCCGGGCACCAUCACUGCAACCACCUCCAUCAGCAGCUCCCAGGUGUUCUCGCUACCUGGUUCGUCGUAUAACCUGACCCCGUCACACCUGUUCGGAGGACCGCUCACACCCGGCCCAUCCAUCAGCUCGCUCAUCAACGCCUCGGAAAACAGUCAAGCAGAACCGGAUAUGGACGACAAUGACUGCAGCUUUGUGUGCCGCGGCAGCUCUUCCAGAGAGAGUCUUUCCCCCAGGUCUCCGAUAGGUGGCUUGCCCAUCCUCUAUGACCAGACUGUGUCCAGUCAACUGGAGAAUGUCCCACAGUCAACGUCUAACAUCGAGCAACUCUUAGAGAAGCACUGGAAUGGAGAUGGGACCAUUGAUAUUGUGGAGAUGCUGAGGUCACUGCACAUGCUGCAGCUGGAGAACAGGCGCCUACAGGAGCAGAUCAUGAGCCUCUCGGCCAAGAAAGAGCGGCUGCAGCUCCUCAACGUGCAACUGUCGGUGCCCUUUGUCAGCGUGUCGGCCAGCCCUGCCUCCCAGCUCCACAUGAUUCCCUCUCACAACGUUUGCAGCUCGGAUUUGCUGAACAGCAUUAAAAGCCCCCCCUCCAAGACCAGCUACAUCACUGAGAAUUCCCUCUCGGCAUCCUCGGAGGAUCUGCGCUCAGGCUGCCACAGCAGAAGCAGUUCGGCCUCGUCGUUGCAGAGCACCCCUCCUCCCCCACAGACCCCAGCCUCGCUUCCGAUCCUCGGGCCCAUGCCUGGGGGCCAGCCGCAGGUCAAUGGUCUGACCAGGACCAGCAUGGCCGCCGCCGCCGGAGGAGGAGGACCUCCCAUGACCUCCGCGUUUGCCGCGAUGCCCGGGGUUGGUGGAGUGAUGGCGAGCCAACCGGGAAACCAAUUGGCGAUCAACGGUAUUGUCGGCUCUCCCAACGGUGUCAUCCAGCCGUCGGCAUCGACGGCACAGACUCAUCCCUCCCUCUCACAUGCGUGCACAUCCCAUACCGUUCCACUGUCAACAAGCCUCUGUAACAGCAACAUGUCCGGACUGGGGCAGUUACCUGAUCAGCAAAGACAGCUCCUCUAUCAACACCAGCAACAGCAACAGCAGCAGUUACACCAGCUACUGACCUCUCAACAGCUGACUCCGGACCAGCACGCUCUGGUCUAUCAGAUGGUACAACAACAGCGUCAGCGACAGUUCCAGCGGUUGCAGGUCUCCGCGGGGCCCCAGCUCCCCAUCAGCAGCCUCCUGCCGGGCCCCUCGGCCCUGCCCGCACACCCAGCCCGCAACUCAUUCCUCUCCCUUCACGCCAACAGCGGUGCACAGAAAGUACAGAGACUGAGUGAGAAAGGUGGCGCCGUGAACCAGGAGAAGAGCUGACAGAGCGAGACGCAUCCCAAUCGGUCGCUGGAGUAACAACCCGGAUGACGCUCUCUCGCGACUUCCUUCC